GUCUCGUCGUCUUAGUUCUGUAGAUGAUUGUUUAUGGAAAUCGGCUCUUUUUGAAUAACAAUGUUUGUAUUAUGGAAUCUUGUGAUUAAGCAUAAAAGGAUUGUAUUCCGAUGAGGACCAUAAUAGUGAAACACAAAUAUAUUUGCUCAAGUGAAAAGUUAUAAUAAUGAUUCGUGACUACAAUUUACGGAAACAACAUAACAUUAACGAACUUUGUCAUUACAAUUGGAUAAAAAGAAGCUUUGAUCCCAAUAUGGUCUGUUCACAUAGAAAGCGAACUAGAAAAUUUAACUUUAACUUAUAUGGAACUUUACACAGACGAUUGAACAGAUUUGAAAAGACGUGGACAUUUCAUCAUAAUCCAUUGCCAGACGUUGAAAACACCUAUUUGAGUUUUGCAAAUCCAAAUUAUCAUUACGAAGAUAGAAAGAACAGUAACGAUAAACUGAAUAAAGACGUUUACCAAAACGAUAGCAACAUUUAUGACGAGGUUGACGUGAGCACCAUUUCUCUUCUUGAUAAACAAAAAGGUGAAGAAACUAAAGACAUGAAAGUAGAAAAAAAAGAACUAGACAAAUUGUCUCAAAAGAAAAGGCUUUUGUUAAAUGAUGUCAAUUCUUCGGACGAUGAGGUUGCAACAUCCACAGAUGAAGAAACAGAAAACAAAGAUCGGGGAAAAAAUGAAAAAGUCCUAAGUGAAAACAAAAAAAACUUGAAGAAUAGUGACAGUGGAUUUGAGGAGAUGGAUACUUCUAAAACAAGUAGAAACAGGAAGAAGCAAGGGUUUAUGGGAUACUAUACAAUGUUAGAGGCUAAGGCCAAGGAAAAACAACUGAAGAUUCUAGAAACUCCUGAUACGGAGGAAGAUACACCAACAGGGGGUAGCAAGUUUACAAAGUUUGGGUUUGACAUCAACUCUCCCGACUCUAAUGAUAGCGGUAUCCAAUCAGAUGCUAGAUCAGAUGAUGGAAGCAGUCACGUUCACGGUCCAGUGAAUGAUGACAUCUAUGCAGUGGUGUGUAAAUCUACCAGCUCUGACCUAGGUCUGCUGAGAAUAGAUCACAGUGGUAGUGAAGAUAAUACUCCAACAGAAGAGGACAAUCCAAAGAAACAGAAAGAGGAAAGACUUCCACCAGGGUGGGAGAAAUGUGAAGAUGAAGAUGGAGCAUAUUACUGGCAUAUCAAGAGUGGGACUAUCCAGAGGGAGCCACCAUCACCAGCUCCACCAGAUACUAAACAUGUGACCAUAAGAUCUGUAUCUAUAAAUAGUGAUAGUAGCACAUUGUCAAGUGAUACAGAUUGUGACUCCGUACCUUCCACACCAACCAGUGGAACAUCAGAAGAUCCACUAACAGCAUUCGAGGGACAUGCUUUACAAUAUGCAGUUAAUUCAAUUCAAAACAUGUCCUCCUCAAGAAGUCUGUCUGCAGUUCCUAAAGUGGAAACAAAUGGUCCAGAGAAAAAAGAUGAUAAGAAAGCUGUGAGAUUUUCUGUUCGCUCUCUUGGCUGGGUGAGAAUUGCUGAGGAAGAUUUGACACCAGAGAGGAGUAGCAGGGCUGUUAACAAAUGUAUCGUAGAUCUGACACUCGGUAGAAAUGAUAUCAAUGAUGUUGUUGGUAGAUGGGGAGAUGGAAAAGAUUUGUACCUUGAUCUCGACAGGGAUAGUUUACGUUUAGUAGACACUCAAGAUUUCAUUGUAAUUAAUGUACAGCCUAUUCAGUCCAUAAGAGUUUGGGGAGUAGGGAGAGAUAAUGGAAGAGAUUUUGCUUACGUAGCCCGAGACAAAACUACAAGAAAACACAUGUGUCAUGUCUUCCGCUGUGACAAUCCUGCCAGACAGAUUGCCAAUACAUUACGAGAUAUUUGUAAACAGUUGAUGAUGGAGAGACGACUCCAACAGGCUGCAGUUGACCAACGAUUGUCCAGACCAACAGACUUGCCAAAUUUAGAGAUUGCUGGUCAACAAGGGAACCAAAAAGCUGUAUUACAGAGCUUGUUAAGAAGUGCAUCAUUCCCUACACCUAUGGAGGAACCAAAGAAAGUCAUCAGAUGUCAUUAUAUAGGGUGUCAAGCCGUUCUCAAACCUGUGGGUACAGAAAUCCUGAAUGGAGCCAUUAUGGCAUUGUAUAACAAGAUUCCCCCAGAGAAAUGGAAGUUUGUUAAUGUUGGGAUAGCACCAUCUACAAUCACCAUUACAGAACAUAAAACAGAAGUUAAACUGGAUGAAUGUCGUGUCAGAUUUCUAUCAUUUAUGGGAAUAGCAGCUGAUAAUGUCAGGUUAUGUGGUUUUAUAAUACAUGGACCUGAGGAUCAGUUUAAUUGUCAUGUAUUCCAUUGUGAACCAUCAGCAGGGGCACUGUGUAAAACAAUAGAGGCUGCUUGUAAGCUUAGAUAUCAGAAGUUAUUAGAUGCCAAUCCAACCACCCCAACUAACAGUAAUAAAUCAGAUAACAAGCUCCAAAACCUAGGCGCAUCAAUUUCAGCUGGUUUGAAAUCUGGUGCCGAAUCUGUUCAGACUAAUAUUAUACCGGGUAUAAAAAAUGGGGCCCAAACAAUGCAAACUGGACUUAAAUCAGGGGCUCUUACAGUGCAAACAGGUGUUAUACAUGGAUUUUAUGGUGUUCAAAAUGUUUUCUCCAAGAUCAAAACCAAAGUGAGAAAGGCAGAGAGCAGCUAGUCAUAGAAGAAUAGUUAGGAUCUUACUACAGCAUUAAUCUUUUGGUGCUUGUUUUCGACAUGGAGUUAAGAGCAUGAUAGAAUCAAUGAAAUCUCCUGUCUAAUAACACCAAAUAAGGGGACAUUCCAAAUUGGGCAGACGACAGUCAAGCAUAGAGCAGACGACAGAUGAAGUCUGAAUUUCCAUCUUCCCAAAGAUUUGUUGCAUUAUAUAAACUGUAUCAUCACUUCACAGUGUAACAUUGAUUUCCAUAUAUCUUGUUAAUGUAAUAUUUAUUAUAGAAGUGACCAUAGAAAACACAAUGUCAUCCAAAUUAUUUUAAUUGUCAGAAUAACAAGACAAUGUAGGUGUUAAUUUUAAUAAAACUUUGUUUUAAAUUUCUCACAGAUUAAAUAAUGAAAUUUAUAAAAUUGAGAAUGGAAAUGGGGAAUGUGUCAAAGAGACAACAACCCGACCAAAUAAAAAAAACAACAGCACUAGAAUAGAAUAGAAUACUUUUUUAAAACAUCUGACACUCAAAUCGUUAUAACAUUCAAAAUUUGCCGUCAUUCUGAUUACAACUGUAGCGUAUAUCACAUUAAUAUACUUAUUAUGUAUAACUAGUCAUAAACCUUAUCAGGUUAUAUAUUGUGAAUUAAAACUUAAGUCUUCAUCUAUUUAAACAAUACAUAAAAAGUUAGACAGUCCAAAUAUAAUUAUAAUUUGAUUUAAAAGAAUGUCAGUAGUCAUAUAUAUGCCUCCCUAUAAGUAUUUUUAAUCUACACAACAUUACACAAUUGAUACUACCUCCAAAAAAAAAGUUAUUUAACAUAAUCAAAAUUGGUGGUUUAUAUCUUUCUGUUUCUAUAAGAUGUGCUGAAAAUCUUUCAGUUUUUAUAUUGGAAAAUAAUUUGGAUGACUGCAGAACUCCAUAGGCAUUAUAGAAACUGUCGUAAAGUAGCUUUCGUAGGGCAUUUGUUAUAAGAAGUUUUAAGGUUGUAAGUUGUUUGUGAUAUAUAAUAUAAUGUGCAAUACAAAAGUUUUAUAAAGACUUGUUUUUUAAAAAGGUUGCUAAUUUAACCAUUAUUAUUUUUAUCUCAGAGAAUUUUUCACUGCCAAUAUUAGGAAUAGGAAAGGAAUGUGUAGCGCUUUGUCUCUAUGGUGCUAAAAUCAUGCAGUUUUUAAAUUUAGAAAAUAUUCAUAGACGAUUUAGGAUUUAAAGACUUCAUAGUAUUUUCACCAUUUGCACUGUGCUCCCCUAUUGUUAUAUUUUGAUUUUUGCAGCUGCGGAAAGAAUUUUAUGAUAUGUGAAUUUGGCUAAAUGAUUUUUGAAAAAAUUUGGAAUGUCUUUUUCAUUAUUCUUCAUAAUCAACCAGUCAUACAAAUUAAACAAGUUCAUUUAUGGGUAAUAUAAAUGUCGGACGUUGUAAAUUUUAUAAAUCAUUUUGUUUGUCAAUCAUGAAAAACUCUGUUGUAAAAGCAAAGGCAAUGUUUAUUUUGUUUUGAAUUUUGUUUUGUCUUUCAAAUUGUAUACAUUCCUUUUAUUUGCAUUACAAACCAAAGACACGUUGUGUUAUUCUAUUUAUUAAAAUGUAUCAACUUGUUUAUAAUGUCGUCUGCUGCAAUAUUCAUAUAGCAGAUCUGUAUAGAUAUAAAACCUCAUUUAACCUAUAAAACAUGCUAGAUUCUAUACUUCUAGAUCCUGAACUUACUUGAAACUUCUUACCUAUAAAUUAGACUAAAUAGCAACACUAGAUGAAACCAAAAAUAGUUCAAAAUUGAGUGCCAUUUUUUUGUUAUGCAAAAUGAUUUCUGCUGUACAAACUUGUUAAUCUAUUGUUAAUUUGUUUAUUUAAUUUUUACACUUUUCUUCUUUUGAUUGGUAAAAUUCUUCUGAAAGUCAGACAUGUUAUUGUUCAUUAGUCAAAUUGAGUUUUAUAAACGAUUCUAAUUUUUUUUAUACUAUUUUUUUUUGUUUUAUAUUUGUUUUAAACAUAUGUGACUUUGUCAAGAUGUCGUCAUAAUAAGAAUUUACCUUUUUUUUGUUUGCAAUUAAUUAACAAUUUGAUGAGCUUAAAUUAUUUAUAAAAAAAAAAAAAUCAAUGUUAAGGAUCAUCUUAAUUACAAAAUAAGUCAUCAUUAAAUGUCUUGCAAGUAUUUUUCCAAUUGUAUGCUUUCCAUCUGAAACUUAAAAUUGAAAUUGAUAUUUACUGAAAUGACUUUUAAAUAGAAUAUUUUUUAUGGUUGAUAUUUAAUAAAACAGUUUUAAUUUAUUGAAAAGUGUAGUUUUAUUUUGAAUUAAAGUUUACAGAAUUAAAUCCAGUAAAUCUUAUUUGAUUUUUUCCCCAUGAAUUUAAAUAAGAAUUGUUGACAGUUCUAUAAAAGUGAUAAGUUUUCAGUAGAACUUUUUUUAUAUAAAUGUAAUUGUUUAUUAUGAUGCAUAUUAAAAAUUUAGAGUUUGUAAACAGUGUAUUAUUUAUAUAUGAAAUGUGUAGUUUAUAGAUAAUUAUAUAUUAGAUCUUUUUGUUAAUUGCGGUUGUAUUGUUUACCAUUAUAAUUUGGUCAGUAACUUUAUACAGUUUUAGAUUUUUUUAAAGUUUUGUGUUCAUUUGAUUAAUAACUGGUGCUUUUGGUUGAACUUAAUGAUUUUUUUUAACAGUACUUUUUAUGCAUUUGAUGAAAAUUUUCAUCCAUUUUUAAUUUUUUAAGAUGAUUUAUUGUACAAGUCUUUGGAAAAUAGUUAUAUUUAUAGACAGAAGUUACAAAUAAACAUCUACAAAUUUAUCCCCUGACAUUUUAGUCAAUUUGUUGAUCAAAUUUUUAUUUUGUCACAAAAUUUACAUGUGAAUUUAGGUAUAUUUCAUGAUAAAAGAAACUUGGUAAUCAUUGUUGAAAUAAGUCUCAAAUUGUUAUAACUAACUCGGAGCAAUUUUGGUGUUUGACAUCUGAUAAAGACACCUGCUUAUCAUUGAAGAACAUGUGUUGACUCAUGAUCUCUUGAGUUGUUGGGUUGCUGUCUCACUGAUAACUCUUCAUCCAAGUCACAAUUUGUAUCAGUUUGACUGUCCCUUUGGUAUCUUUCGUCCCUCUUUUGUAAAAUAUACCAUAUAAAUGUUUUAAUCAGAUCUCAUUCUAAACAUAUUCUUCAGAUUUUGCUAUCAGUUAUCAAAUCAGCAUUUAUCUGAUGAGAUUUCUGUACAAUACAAAACAUUGUUUUAAAAGAUGUUUAGAUCUGCCAAUAUGGGCAUCAAUUUUAAACAAUUUUGAUUUACUAUUAUCAUUAACAGUUUUAACAUCCUUAUUUCCGGUGUGUUUUUAUUUUACUAAUCCAGUUUUAUGAUUGUUUGUAUAAUAUGAUAUGUUAAAGCUUGUUGAGUAGUUGUAGAUCUGUGAUUUGAUUUUGGUUGUGAUUCUGUUUUAUUGAUUAUUUUUGAGAUAUGUAUAAAUGUGAGCUUUAAGUUUUGAAACAAUGUUAACAAUCUUACAGAACUUGUCUAAAUAAGUUAGCAUAUAAAUUAACAAAAAGACCAUUUUCAAGAUAAGGAAGAACAAAUUUUGAGAGUUAGAUAUGUGUUACCAUACAACUCAGUUUAUUUCCACUUGAACUAUUUCUAUGCAUUAAAAUUUUUGGUUAUAUUCUAAGAUAUUUUCCUGAAAAUCAUAACUUUUAUAUGUCAUUUUCAAUUUUCUGAAAUUUUCAAGAUUUUUUUAUGUUUUUAUACAGAUUAAGGUUAACAACAUAAACUUUUUAUACAGUGUGCAUAAGUUGUUGUUUAAUAGAUGUCAGUAGCUUUCCAAAAGAUUUGAUAUAUUGAAUUUCACAGAAGUUAUUUCUUGAUUUUCCUUACACGAAUCAGUUUGAUACUGAUAAUACAUUUAAGGUGGUACUUAACACUACAGGGAGAUAACUCUGUAAAUUAGCUAAACGUUUUAAUCACAUUGUAUUGUGAAGGAAAUAAAAAGCUUCCCAAUGAUUAAAAUCAGUGUUUGUCAACUGCUAUAUAACCAAUGAAAUUUUUCUGAUGAAAUGGUUGGUACAAAUGUUUUGAAAUUUUAAUUUUUGGGAAAAAGGGUUAAAGUAAAUAUUUUGUAAAAUAUUUAUGAAAAUUAAAUGAGCCAAAUUAAUUUUAGUCAAGGUGUUGGGUUACUUGGGAACCACCUUAAACCGUACACAAGUAACAAUUUUCUUGUCAGAGAAUUGUUCUUUUUCCAUAUAAUCCAGAGUUUUUAGUUUGAUUCUGCAGUGUUGAACCAAACUGCUCAUUAAAAACUCUUGGCAAUUUUAAAGUCAAGUAUCAGCCAAUAUUCUUCCACCUUAGAGAAAUAUGUUUUUCAAUAUCUAAAACAAUUGUCUCAUUAUUAUAUCCAAGUCUUAUGGCUAUCAUUAUGUUGAAAUGCAAUGAUUGAAGCCAAGUUUACAAAAAAUAAUAUUUAUUGUAGUCCAACUUCUAUAUCUUUAUAUUAUCAAAUUCAUCUCUUUAUAACAAGAAGUUUAAAACCAUGCUUUUUAUAUGCACUGUAUAAUAAAUACUCAGCCAUUUGUGAUAAUGGUACACAGCUACUUAUGUUUGUUGUUGUAUUAUUUCAUCAUUGCUAUUUAUAGAUCAUGUUUAUUCCAUAUCAGUUUUGUUCCUUUUGCUAUGGAUGUACAUUACAGUUUUUUGCAAGGGAAAUAAACUUACACAAACUUAA